AUGAGUAUCAUCCAGAAACCAAGGAAUUGCACUUCCAUCCUGGAAGAACUUUUUAAACCCAACUUAAGAAACGUGAGGUUCUAUGCUCUCUUAGGAAGAAGAAGACCACUCGCGAUUCGCAUUGUUGGUCGUGCGAGCAGCAAUCGAGCGAGCAGCAACACGGGCAGUAGCAGCAGUAGCAGCAGUGGCGGCGGUGGCGGUGGCAAAUCCAAAUCCAAGAAUUUGAUCGAGAUGGAAGGAGCAGUGACCGAGUCGCUACCCAACGCCAUGUUCCGGGUGAGUCUAGACAAUGGGUGUGAGGUGCUGGCGCAUGUCUCGGGCAAGAUUCGUAAGAACUUCAUCCGGAUGCUUCCAGGGGACCGCGUCAAGAUCGAAUUGAGCCCCUACGAUCUCUCCAAGGGAAGGAUUACGUAUCGGCUUCGCGCGGACAGCACACACCAGGAAACCAAUACCAGCUAGAACGACUGUUUGCUUGCUCCAAAGCUUGCAAAGAAUGAUCUUUGCUCUUCUUUUUCUCGAAAAUGCGUUGCGUAAUAAGUUUCUUGCCUCGAAAAACUAGAUUUUCCUUGGAACAAAGCGGUGCCUCUUUUUCUUUAUU